AUGGCACAAGUCCAGGGCCACUGCGACCCGCGGUUCGCCAAGCUCAAGGCUCUAUUCGAGAAGAAGAUCGCCAACGACGAGGAGCUGGGGGCCUGCAUGGCGCUCAACAUCGGCGGCCAGACGGUGGUCGACAUGUGGGGAGGCUGGUUCGACGAGGCCAAAACCAAGCCGUGGGAGACCGACACCAUCACCAACGUGUGGUCGUCGACCAAGACCAUCGCCACCUUCGCCUGCCUGCUGGCCCACGAGCGCGGCCAGUUGCACGUCGACGACCCCGUGGCCAAGUACUGGCCCGAGUUCGCGGCCAACGGCAAGGAGAAGGUUCUGGUGCGCCACCUCAUGUCGCACACAUCGGGCGUCUCGGGCUGGGAGCAGAAGAUGACGGCCGAAGAUAUCAGCGACGUGCCUCGCGCCACCGCCCUGCUGGCCGAGCAGGCCCCCUGGUGGGAGCCCGGCACCGCCAGCGGCUACCACUCGGCCUCCAUGGGUCACCUGCUGGGCGAGGUGAUCCGGCGCGCCACGGGCAAGCCCAUGAAGCAGUUCGUGGCCGACGAGAUCGCGGGCCCCGUGGGUGCAGACCUGCAGAUCGGUGCGAAGGAGGAGGACUGGCCGCGCGUGUCGCCGAUCAUCCCGCCGCCCCCUUUGCCCUUCGACUUGUCCAAGAUGGACCCCAACAGCCCGGUGGUCAAGACCUUUGGCAACCCGCCCAUGGACGCCCGGGUGGCGUUGGAGCCACACUUCCGCCGCGCCGACAUGUCCGCCAUCAACGGCCACACCAAUGCGCGCGCCCUGAACCGCGUGCUCGCGGCCAUCCCCAACGGCGGCAGCGUCGACGGCAUCAAGUUCCUCUCACCAGAGACCAUCGAGCUGAUAUUCCGCGAGCAGUCCAACGGCACCGACCUAGUCAUCGGCAUGCCCAUCCGCUUCGGCAUCGGCUACGCAAUCGGGGGCGGCUGCACGGCCGAGACGCUGCCCUGGCUGCCGUCGGAGAAGAUGUGCUUCUGGGGCGGCUGGGGCGGCAGCCUGGAGAUCAUGGACUGUCACCGCAAUGUGACCUUUACCUAUGUCAUGAACAAGAUGGGCGAGGGCAUCAUGGGCAACAAUCGCUCCAAGGAGUACGUCGAGAUGGUGUGGAACAUCCUGAAGGAACAGGAAUAA